UUUGCUAACGACACAUUAUAUCGACAAUAAGACAAAUUGUUACGUAUGAUAUAUAUCAGACCUAAGGUUGCUACGCAAUAUUUCUCGAGGUAGCCAUUCUAUUCCACCUUCGGAAAAUUUGUUAUCGUGGAAAUGCAAAGUACAAUAUUUUGUGAAUGUAUUUUGUUUCUGAUCACGUGUGUCACGUUUUAGAACAGUUAAUGUAUGUGUGUUAUUCGUAAAGAAACGUACAGAUCAGCGGAGCAGAGAGUGUUGUACAGUUUCCGUGCGAAUUUCGUGAGCAACGUGACGUACAACAAACAUUCAAGCGAUGUCUCUGCAACAGUGGGUGCACAUACGACAUAAAAUCGAUAUACCAUGGAAGACUUUUAUUAGGGAGUCUUCCAGUGUUCAGGACAAGUCCCCGGAGAGAUACAUUCAUCAGUUGGCCUUCCAGGGGAACGAAGCGAAAGCUGCCUAUGAAGAAAUUAUUUAUGAAAGUAAUAGCAGUGCAGCAGUGACCAGAUUGAAGUAUUUAAAGUCAAAGACUGUUGGAAGCCAAAGCAACUCCGGCAUAAAUUCGGCUUCUAUCAAUGCGCAGUCCAAGAGAACCAUAGUCCCUGAAGAUGUCCUGGCGAAAGUCACGAUCAACACAUUGUUGAAGGCAGUGGAGCAGAAGGACUUGAAGUUUCUCCAGAAACAUAUGACAUCAGAAAAUGUGAAUGUGUCUGAUGACUUUGGAUGGACCCCACUGAUGUCCGCUGCCUAUUGCGGUCAUUUGGAGAUUGUACAAUUCUUACUGAAUCUCGGGGCUAACAAGAGAACCAGAGACAGAUCUGGACUCACCGCAGCCCAAUUAGCUUUGAAGAAGAAUUACCUAAGCAUAGUUGCAUUACUCAAGAAAAAGACUGAAUCAGUAAACAAUAAUAAUCAAUCAUCUGUGAACAUACCUAAGUCGAAUAAUGCAAAUGCUCUACCAAUGAGACCAAUGUCUAUAGACUCUUCGAAGAAUCACGACAGGGACGUCCGCAACGUUACAGAGGAGAGGGCACAGUCGCAACAGAAUACAGCAUUUUACUGCGAAAUCUGUAAAGCACUCUUUCAAGAGGCGACUACGCAAAAACACGAGACCUCCACCUUGCACAUCUUCAAUACGAAGCCCAAAUUGAAGCACGCGAUGUACGGAAUAUCGAAGCAAAGCAAAGGAUACAAAAUGCUUCUGAAUACCGGUUGGGACGAGGAAGUUGGUCUUGGGCCUUCAGGAAAGGGAAUAAAAUAUCCAAUUAAAACAUGUUUGAAAAUAGACCGCAAAGGAUUAGGACAACCGGUGGAAAGUGAAUACAGAGUCACUCAUUUCAAGCCAGGCGAUACAACUGCCAUUAACGGCGCUAAAGUACCCAAGCAGAAACCAUUAAAAAAAAGGGAUAGAGAAAGAUUACUUCACAGAGAGGCUAGGAAAGAAAGGGCUCUACGUAUUGCACUAUCUUAAAAUUAGAUAUAAAUAAUUUUAUAAAUAUGAAUGUGGCGUUUUUAUCUAAAGAGAUUCAUUGCAAUGAAAAUAAUUGUUAUUGUUCUUAUAUAUUCAUGCUUAUGAGUGAUCACGAGAAAAUAUUGGAACACUUAGAACAAGUUGAAUAUAAAGCUGGUGAGAUUCUCACUGAUCUCGACGAGAUAGUCGCUCUAGAUAAACGAAGGAACGAUGAUCGCGUUGGAAUGAGAUCCCUAGAAAAAGAGCCGUGUA